GACAUGGCACUGCCUGCAACAACUCAAGAGCGUUUGUAUCUUGUGCAGUUGUUGAGGCCUGGAUCAGGAUCACCUGCAUGUUACUGUGAAGCUACAUGGGGAUAACCAGGGGGCAAUAGCUCCAUCUGAAAAUCCUGUUUGCAGACUUAGAAGCAAGCACGUUGAUAUCACAUAUCAUUUGGUGCGAUCAGCUCAGAGUGAGGGCUAAAUAUCUAUUGCAUAUUGUACAUGUUGAAAAAGGGGAAGUGUGUGGAUGAUUUUGGCAUGGAAAGCAAUCUUUCUUUUCAUUUGGAGAGGUUGGACUUUGAGUUGUGACAACAGAACAUCAGAUCCAUGCAGCCAACAUGCAGCUCCUGAAGACUAGCACCCACCUGUGUAGCAAGGGCCUUGCAAGUCCCCUCACAUGUUGUUCACUGUCAGUACCAGCUGUUGUAGUUUCACCAGGCGGGGCCACUGCGGUCUGAUAGACCACGACACACCUGUAGGCUGCUUCAAGGAAGUCUGAAAAUAUGUGGCCCCAACAGGUCGGACCAGAUUCAGGCAGAAUUAUGUGACUCCAUAGUGAGUAGAAUAGUGUCAGCAGUGAAGCAGAGAAUCGCCAGAGUUGAUCUGCAGAGAGAAUCCUUGUCCUCCUCCUUCUGCCUGGAGCACCUGAGGGAUCCUGCUACUCUUCCCUGUUGGACACAGCUGCUUCUCUCAAGCUCCGAUCAUCCAGGCGGUGGUGGAACACACACACACACAUGACUCACUGAUGUGUAUCAACGGACAUCGAACACAAUCUGAGUUCACAACUUUGGACCGGAACAACUGAGCUCCGACAUGGACCCGAGACUGAGGAGAGGAGCCUCGCUCACAGGUGUGGACAGAGAGGAGGAAGCUCCUCCCUCUAAAUCACCCAGAGUUGAGGACCAUGACAGUCCGACCAGAGCUCAGAGAUCAAAGCCACUCACAUCAGACGCUGGUGGACGAGGACAUGGACCUGGAGCUGCUCCCAGCUGUCAGUCUGUCAGAGAGGAGCAUCAGAGGAGAAGCAGGAUCAAUCAGGAGAAACCAGAAGUGUCUGAACUCAGCUGUCAUUCUCUGAAGACUGACUGGUCUAUGGGAAGAAUUAUUGACUUCAGAAGAGCACAGGAGCGUCAGAGGAGCGCACAGUGUGUCCACCAGCAUCGGACAGAUCUGGACUCCAGACUUCAGCUGAUGGAGGAGACAGACAUUAACCUCCAGAGGAGCAUGAAGGAGGAGAAGAUUGCUGAUGUUCUGUGGAGCAGAAGACGUCCCGCUGACUGUGCAGGACGACUGAAGAGGAGGCUGAAGGAGCAGUUCCACAGUGUGUCUGAGGGGGUCGCUAGAGCAGGAAACUCUGCCCCUCUGAAUCAGAUCUACACAGAGCUCUACAUCACUGAGGGGGGCACAGACCAGGUCAACCAGGAGCACGAGGUCCAACAGAUCGAAGCAGCAACCUGGAACCAGACCAGAUCAGGAACUACCAUCAGACCAGAAGACCUCUUUAAAGCCUCACCUGACACAGACCAACCAAUCAGGAGCCUACUGACGAAGGGCGUGGCUGGCAUUGGGAAGACCCUCCUGACACAGAAGCUGACUCUGAACUGGGCUGAAGACAAAGCCCACCAGAACUUUAAGCUAGUGUUUCCUUUCACCUUCAGAGAGCUGAACCUGCUGAAAGAGAAGAAGUUGAGUUUGGUGGAACUUGUUCAGCUCUUCUUUCCUGAAACCAAAGACUCAGGACUCAGCAGAUUUGAAGGAGUCCAGGUCCUGUUCAUCUUGGACGGUCUGGACGAGUGUCGACUCCCUCUGGACUUCAACAGUCGGAUCCUGACAGCAGCUACAGAGUCCACCUCAGUAGACGUCCUGCUGACCAACCUCAUCAGGGGGAAGCUGCUUCCCUCAGCUCAGCUCUGGAUCACCACACGACCUGCAGCAGCCUAUCAGAUCCCUCCUAAGUGUGUGGACAGGGUGACAGAGGUCAGAGGGUUCACUGACCACCAGAAGGAGGAGUACUUCAGGAAGAGGUUCAGAGAUGAGGAGCAGACCACCGUCAUGUCUCACAUCAGGAGCUCACGAAGCCUGUACAUCAUGUGUCACAUCCCCAUCUUCUGCUGGAUCACUGCCACAGUUCUGGAGGACAGGUUGAAGAGCAGAGAGACCAGAGAGCUGCCCAAGACCCUGACUGAGAUGUACAUCCACUUCCUGGUGGUUCAGGCCAAAGUCAAGAAGCUCAAGUACCAUGGAGGAGCUGGGAUUGACCCAGUUUGGGAUCCUGAGAGCAGGAAGAUGAUGGAGUCUCUGGGAAAACUGGCUUUUGAGCAGCUGCAGAGAGGAAACUUGAUCUUCUAUGAAUCAGACCUCACAGAGUGUGGCAUCAACAUCACAGCUGCUGCAGUUUACUCAGGAGUCUUCACACAGAUCUUCAGAGAGGAGAGAGGACUGUACCAGGACAAGGUCUUCUGCUUCAUCCACCUGAGUCUUCAGGAGUUUCUGGCUGCUCUUCAUGUCCACCUGAAGUUCUUCAACUCUGGAGUCAAUCUGCUGGACUCACAACAAACACUUGAAACCAAACAUCCAGAACAGUUCUACCAGAGAGCAAUAAAUGAAGCUGUGGAAAGUCCAAAUGGACAUCUGGACUUGUUCCUGCGCCUCCUCCUGGGUCUUUCUUUGCAGACCAAUGAGAGGCUCCUUCCAGGUUUGUUGUCACAGACAGGAAGUAGCUCUUGGACCCAUCAGGACACAGCAGAGCUCAUCAGGAAGAAGAUAAGUGAGAAAGUGUCUCCAGAGAGAAUCAUCAAUCUGUUCCACUGUCUGAGUGAACUGAACGUCACUACUCUAGUAGAGGAGGUCAAUCACCUGCUGAGAUCAGGAGUCCUCUCCACAGCUCAGCUGUCUCCUGCUCAGUGGUCCACCCUGGCCUUCAUCUUACUGUCCUCAGAGGAAGAUCUGGACGUGUUUGACCUGAAGAACUGCGCUGUUUUAGAGAAGGUCCUUGAGAGGCUGCUGCCGGGGCUCCAAGCCUCAAAAGAAGUUCAACUGAGAGGGUGGAGACUGUCAGAGAGAAGUGGUUCCCUUCUGUCCUCAGUCCUCAGCUCUCCAGACUCUAGUCUGACACAACUGGACCUGAGUGGCAACAGGGACCUGAAGGAUGCAGGAGUGGAGCUGCUGUCCGCUGGACUGAAGAGUCCACACUGUCACCUGGAGACUCUCAGCCUGAGGCUCUGUGAUCUGUCAGAGAGAAGUGGUUCCCUUCUGUCCUCAGUCCUCAGCUCUCCGUCCUCCAGUCUGACACGACUGGACCUGAGCUCCAACAGCCUAAAGGAUCCAGGAGUGGAGCUGCUGUCUGGUGGACUGAAGAGUCCACACUGUUACCUGGAGACUCUCAGUCUGAGAGAGUGUAGGAUCUCAGAGAGAGGCUGUGCUUCUCUGGCCUCAGCUCUGACCUCUAAUCCCUCCCAUCUGAGAGAGCUGGACCUGAGGUUCAACCAUCCCGGAGGAGCAGGACUGGAGCUGCUGUCUGCUGGACUAGAGAGUCCAGACUGGAGGCUGGAGACUCUCAGGCUGGAUCCCUGUGGACCAGGGUGGUUAUAGAUCUGACCUGAAGAAGUGUGUCAUUGAUCCAGGACAACUCCUAGACUCACAAGUGGGGAAAGACUCAGUGGAGAAAGAGUCUUCAACACCAGUCAGAGAAGAAGCCUCCACCCUCACAGAAGCUCUUCAUCUGUGGAAACACUUCUAUGCCCCCAACAGCUCAGAUGUCAAGCUUUUUCUCUUGUUUUCCAUGACUCUUGAAUCCCACUUCCUCUCUGAAGCCUUCAGUCGUGUCCAUGAGUUUAACCCUGAAAUGAGCCCGUGGACACGUGAGGAGCCUGUGGACACAUGGACUUUGUUCAUCAUAUGUCAUUGGCUGAAAUGAUCUUCCUCUGAAUGCAAACCGACAGAUGCUGAACUUGCUCAUGACUCAGUAGGAACAGGGCUGUUUGACUUCUUCACCCUAAGGUAGUUCCAAACACAAGACCAUGUACCUGAACAAUAUCUUUGAGAAGUCAGCAGCGAGUCAGUGAAAAUCUACGGAGAAAUGGUGUGAUGAGGUCACCAGCUGAGACCUCCAACCAAGGCCUCCUGAUAUGGUGUGGGGAGAUCAACCUGUCAUUUGAUGUCUCCAGUUCUUUCAACAAGCUCUUUAACUGCUCACUUUGCCUCGUAUUUGGCUCAACUCUUCCACAGCAAAAGAGCCUGUUUUGGCUUUGCUGCACUGCAGAUAGAGACGGGGGAACCUCCUUUAAAGUUCAGAAGAAUCCAGCUUGUGUUGAGCUCCUGGGUAAAGCUGCUGACUGGAGAUGAAUGGUUAUAGUAUUGUUUGCUCCUCGGGUGUGUUUCAUAUCCAUAUUUUUGUUUCCUUGUAGCUGUUCCAACUUCAAACUGCAGGUUACAGCACGCAUGCAAUGUCACAAGAUUUAUUUCCAUCCAGUGUUACAUUAAUUUUUCACCAAGAUCUUUCAUUGAUGAUGGUAGAGUCUGACCGCUGCGCAAAGCCUUCUCCAGCACAUCCCAAAGAUUCUCAAUGGGCUUAAGGUCUGGACUCAGUGGUGGCCAGUCCAUGUGUGAAAGUGAUGUCUCAUGCUCCCUGAACCAGUCUUUCCUGGUAUUGUCUUCUCUUCUUGGAAUAUGCCCGUGCCAUCAGGGAAGAAAAAGUCCAUUGAUGGAGUAACCUGAUCAUUCAGUAUAUUCGGCUGACCUCAUUCUUUGAGCACAUAAUGUUGCUGAACCUAGACCUGACCAACUGCAGCAACCCCAGAUCCAGGAUCCAGGUGGCGACUUUUUUUUUUGGCCAGGCAGUGUAUUAUGAUAACACACACACACCAUGUAUAUCCAGAUAAGUCAGUAAGUUAGUAAGUUGUAA